AUGGCAGAAUUGGAUAGGAAAAAGAAGAGUAGAGCUGUAGUUCGCGGUGCUUUCACACGUUUGGGAAACGAACUGGAACAACUUUUAUCGGCGCAGACUGUAGAUUUGCAAAAGGCUAAAGUUACAUGGGAGCUUUUGCGCGAGAAUUGCGACGAUUUGAAGGAGCUGGAUGCCCAUUUGUAUGAAUUACUGUUAGACGAUGCUACCGAAGAGGAACUGCUGAAUGAGGUAGGAGCUUGUGACACAUAUAAAAGGCGAUAUGCUGAUUUAAGAAUGACAUUGGAAAAAUGUCAGGGAAGCAAGGCAAAAGGUGAUCAUGAUCACGUCACGAUAAUGUCAGGGCCCGUCAUGGAUAAUGGAAAUUUAAGAAAGCGAAAAUUCAAACUUCUUGAAAUAGAAUUUAAGCGCUAUGACGGCAACAUCAGAGACUGGCUGUCUUUUUGGGCACAAUUUAAAAAAGUACACGAGGACCCAGAAAUUGACAAUCAUGAUAAAAUUGAAUAUUUGUUACAAGCAACUGUACCAAAUUCUAGAGCUAGACAGCUUGUCGAAAAUUUUCCUGUGAUUGGAGCAAAUUACAGUAAAAUCAUAAAAUGCAUGCAAUCACGAUUCGGGAGAGAAGAUCUUCAAAUUGAGUUUUAUGUAAGGGAACUUCUCACCUUAAUUUUAAAUAAUGCAGUUUCGAAAGAUAAGAUGGAUUUGUGUACAUUGUACGAUAGAAUCGAAACACAAAUCAGGUCACUCGAAACGUUAGGCAUAACUUCAGAAAAAUGUUCCGCAUUACUUUUUCCCUUUAUUGAGUCUUGCUUGCCGCAAGAGUUAUUACGUGUUUGGCAACGUACUGCACAAGCUGUUCAAAUGGUUGGCAGCACGACGAAUUUGCCCCGGCAAUUGUCUCUUGUUGAAGUUUCUUUAGAGAAUCGACUUGAAAACCUAAUGCAAUUUUUAAAAAAUGAAGUCGAAAAUGAACAAAGAAUUACAUUGGUCUCAGAAAAUUUUGGGUUAUCUGCAGGACAAUCACCGGGUCAUGGCGGUGCCAAGCCUAGGGUCGAGAGAAAAAUGGAUAGAGUUGGGGUUGCGUUACCUUCGGCUACAGAUUUAGUAAACUGCGACUCGAAUAAAUGCGUUUUUUGUAAUAAUCUGCAUAAGAGUCAGGACUGCGUGAAGGCGCGUAAAAUCAGUUUAGAAGAUCGGAAAAAACAGUUAACAGAUAAACGAGCGUGUUUUCGGUGUCUUAUGUCAGGUCACAUGGCAAAAAAGUGUCGCGUGCGCCUAUGCUGCGUGAUUUGUUCGCGAUCACAUGUACCAAUUAUGUGUCCACAAUUACCUUCAAAUAAAGCCGUUGAGGUCAAUGUAAAUCCUGUUACGGAACAGACUCUUGCCAAUUGUACUAGAUAUCACGUGUUUUUACAGACUCUAAGGGUAAAGUUGAAAGGGGUCAGAGAAAGGUCUUGCGUUUCACGCGUUUUAAUCGACAGUGGGUCCCAGAGGUCCUAUAUUCUAAAAUCUACAGCCAUGAAGUUAGGAUAUAGACCUAAACGAACAGAAAGUAUUGCCCAUUGUCUAUUUGGCGGAAAAACCAUAACACAAAUUCACAAUCGCUAUGAUGUUACUGUUUGCAAGGAUAGCUAUUCUUUGACAUUUGAAGUUCUUGACCAGCCUGCUAUUUGUACAGAUAUUUUACCAGUUUUCGAUGGUACUUGGAUGGAAGAAGUUCGCAGUUUGAAUAUUGAACUUUCUGAUGUAAAUGAACCUGGACCAAUCGAACUGUUACUUGGAGCAGAUGUGGCUAGUAAAAUCUAUGGUGGUGACUAUAGAGAAUUGAAAUGUGGACUAGUUGCUACCAAGACAUGCCUGGGGUGGACUCUCAUCGGUAAAAUUUCUACUGCGGAGAACAUCGAAGAUUCCAACCUGGCAUUAACAACCUUGCCCCUGUUGAUAAAAGAAGCAUCCAUCACCGAAUUAUGGCGGCUUGAUGUUUUGGGUAUUACCGAACCUUCAGAAAGGAAAACCAAGGAGGAGCUAGCCGAUGAUGCUAAGGAUUUCUUUUUGCGUACUGUGAAGAUAAAUCAGGGGAGGUAUGAAGUCAGGCUGCCAUGGAUCGCCGGACACCCUCCACUCCCAGAUAAUUAA